CACAAACUGACAGUGUUCACAAAGGGCUAACCCUACAUCCUGUUGAAAACCCACACUGAAGCUGGUCUUGUAGCUGGUGUUGCUCCCUCUUCCAUACUAAAAGUUCCUCUAGCUUUGCUCUGAAAUGGCCCUGGUCUGUUUGUCAGACUUUGAGGCUUAUGCUAAGAAGCAUCUUCCCAAGGCUGUCUGGGAAUUUUUUGCAGCUGGUGCUGAUGAAUCUUGUACCCGGGAUGAGAAUCUCAAGGCAUUUAAAAGGAUCUAUUUCCGUCCACGUGUGCUGCGGGACAUGUCCACAAUGGAUACGAGGACCACAAUCCUUGGCAGUGAAAUAAGCUUCCCAGUGGGGAUUGCUCCCACUGGCUUACACAGCUUGGCUUGGCCUGAUGGAGAGCGGAGCACAGCUAGAGCGGCAGAAGCCACGAAUACAUGCUACAUUGCCAGCACCUAUUCCACUUGCUCCGUGGAAGAAAUUGUUGCUGCUGCACCUGCGGGUUUCCGAUGGUUCCAACUCUACAUUCACCGAAAGAGGACACUGUCUGAGCAGUUGGUGCGAAGGGUGGAGGCAUUGGGUUUCCAGGCCCUGGUGCUCACUGCUGAUCUGCCGUACACUGGGAAGAGACGUGAUGAUAUCCGCAACAACUUCCAGUUCUUGUCUUCCAUUAAGCUAAAGAACUUUGAAGGUGCCUUCCAGGAUGAAGACUGUUCAGAGUAUGGGAUGCCUCCAGGCUCCAUAGACCCCUCUGUCAAUUGGAAUGAUAUCUCCUGGUUACAGAGCAUUACAUGCCUGCCUCUCAUCAUCAAGGGAAUUCUGACAAAGGAAGAUGCAGAGCUGGCCAUGAGACACGGCGUUCAAGGGAUUAUUGUAUCCAACCAUGGAGGAAGACAACUGGAUGGAGUGCCUGCAAGCAUUGAUGCUCUAGUUGAAAUUACAGCCGCAGUCCAAAACAAAGUUGAGGUUUACUUGGAUGGUGGGAUACGAACAGGAAGUGAUGUAUUGAAGGCACUGGCACUCGGGGCCAAAUGUGUCUUCAUUGGAAGGCCUGCUAUAUGGGGGCUGGCCUAUAAGGGUGAAGAAGGACUUCGAAAAGUUUUGGAGAUUUUAAAAGAUGAAUUUCGUUUGUCGAUGGCUCUUGCUGGCUGUAGCAAUGUCUCAGAAAUUGGCCGCCAUCUUGUUCAACACUCCAAGUUGUAAAGGAUCCUCCGGCACUAGUCAUCUGAUCAGAAAAGUGACCCCAGUCCUGGCUAGGGAUGCAAGGCUCUGUCAAUUUCGGUUCCCUCAUUUUCUCAUUUUUUU